GACCAGAUGCAGUCAGUCUGCUCAUCAGUCACCAGAUAUCCAUCGGAUGUUUGUGAUCUGGUCUGCUGCACAUUUCAUCUGUUAGCUGAAAAGACUACUCGGCACUCAUCUCAUCGACGUGAUUGCUUCUACUAAAUGCCAAGAUCGUUAGUGCCAAUCUGGAUGUAUUCAAUGCAAUUCUGACCGUUUUCCUGGAUUACUGAGUGUUCUCAAAAGAGCCCUGAGAGGUGACAACUGGGAACCCUACAGGGAUUAGUACACAUGCAGGCCAAACCAAAAGGGGAGAAGAAUGUCCGCUGAGAGAAGACUACAAUAUCCUGGGUAAAGCUUGCUGGAUGUUCGAUCAAACCAGCCACGGUGCUCAUGAGUAUUUGAGUUGAGACCACCGACAGAGUCACACGCUCUCUCUCUCUCACUGGUGAUGACCAGGAUCCAUUCCGCCCAGUGCCUGCUCAGCUGAGACAGCAAAAACUGUCAGAACUUGUGACGUGACCAGAGCACCGCUGGCUUUGGCAAACAAAUUGGAUCAAAGACUCAGAAGUGCGUAAAUUUGACCAAGGACUCUACAUUUUUUUUCAGAUUGCUGUGAGCAGAACGUGCCUGGAAACAGUUGGCCAAUCUCGCAUCCUUGCCACACAGGAAAACUCCUGCUGCUUGAUGAGGACAACUCUCCUUAGGCCUACCUGUGUAUCUUCUUGUUGAAAUAUUUUUGCCCAGUGAACUACGUUUGGGAACAACAACUUGUGGACACAUCUGCAAAUACAUGCACAUCUUCUGCAAUUAACAAUAUAGUGGAUGCUUCAGCUCAGAUGAUGUUUCUAUGAGAAAACACAAGCGUUUUUGUGUAUGGCAGUUCUGUUUGGACGCUACAUGUACAUGUAUGAGGGAAACUCUUAUUCUUGCACGUAUGACAGAGGCCCUGACACCUGCUGCUAUGACUAGCUUUCCGAUGACUCUGCCGACCGGCGAUGCACUGCCUUUGUUAAACUCGACCGAUAUGGGAUUUGAUAAAUAUGCUCCAAGCUUGGCACAGGAGAAUGGGAACAAUACCCAAGUGGUCUCCAUCACAUUCAGGAAUGAAACCCUCCUCCAAACCAGGGGCAACUUGACAUCGCAUGUAGGUAGUGGCUGGAGCAUGACCGUUAACAUCGUGCUGAUGGCCUUCUUCAUGGUUGCGGGAAUCCUGGGCAACCUGCUGGUCAUCAUGGUGUACCUGCGCAACCGAUGGAAGCGCCAGUCCACUGCCAACUACUUCCUGUGCAGCCUGGCUGUGGUAGACCUCAUUGUCUGCACUGUGGCCAUCCCCAUACAGCUUCACUUGGAAUGCUCGGCCGUCAGCCGGCUGGUUGUUGCCCUGGAGUGCGCUGUCUUUGCCUAUGUGUGGCACGUGGUGAUGUUCACUUCCGCCUGGAUGCUGGUUGGGAUCUCGGUUGAUCGCUACUACUGUCUCUGCCGGCCGUUCAACCGGAGAACCCAGGUGCGCCGUGUCACGUACACCAUCCUCUUCAUCUGGUCCUUUACAAUUGUCGUAUCCAUUCCGUUUUCAUUACUUUUUGAGGACCAGUGCCGGUAUGACAAUAUCGGAAAGCUUCCAGCGCGGCUUGGGGUGGCCAUGGCAGACAGCCUUAUCAGCCUCUUGAUUCCCCUGUUUAUCAUUGCCAUGGCUUACUUGAAAAUAUUUUAUGUGAUCUCCCAGCGCAACAAUGACACACAGAAUGAAAGCCACGGCCAGAAGAUUAUGCACCACACACGUUUCAUUGUCGCCAAGCGUCUCUUACUGGUCAUCGGUGCCUUCGUCUUGUGCUGGAUGCCGAGAAUGAUUGCAGAAAUUUACUCGGCCACACUGGAACCCGACGUGAAUGUCAGCCUCGAGAAACAAGCUCUGUACAUCUGCCAGACAAUCGUGCCUUACUUCAACUCGAUACUGAAUCCCAUUUUGUACUCGUUGAUCAAUCCCAGGUUUCGCCACGAGUGCCAACGGCUACUUCUGACUUGUUUCGGCAAGGUCCUGCCCAUGCCCGCUGCGGCAGCCAAGUACACCUGCAGGAGCAGCAGUGCUUUGUAGGAAGGUGCUGUUACUGAGAGGACCAGGAUGUGAGUCACAACAAAUUCAGAGUAAAUGGGGUGAAGCGGGGAUAACUUUCAAGUCCUUGACACCUACUGUACCUGUGCAGGAAUCAAAUUCAAGUUGAAGCCUCUUCCACGGAAGAAGCUGCAUGUACUUUUUAGACUCACAUCGAAUACGUUUUAAAUGGUUAAUACCCAGGGUUUCAGCCAGAAAACUACAAUACUCUCUACAGGUUAUACAUUAAAUGUGGAGCUACAAAAAACGAAAACACUCCACUACAUGUUUUAGUAGCUCCUAAACUCCCGGUAACAAAAUCAGGGCAUGAAAUAUCUUACAACACAGUUACUGGUUCAACGUUAUCCAUGAGCGACAUCCAUUACAAACUGUGAAUGAAAUCCAUUGGAUUUAAGGCACUCUACUAUAAAAGCAACCUCUAAAAUAGCAGUAUGUGCUAAAACGUAACGAUGACUACCACUGUACACCCUUUUAUCUGUAAUAUGUAUGAAGUAAAUUCUAUAAAAUGGGAGAAUGGAGGUCAUCUAUCACAUACUGUAAAGUAAUGUUUAAUCCACACUUUCUCAGCACGAAUUUCAACCAACGUUCUGCGGUCAAGCUAAUGCACAGAAAUGUAUCCAAGAAAAUCUUUGGAAUUAACAAAGUUAUUCUUAUUAACCAUAAAUAUAUUUACACAAUCUUCCUGCUGAGGCCACCACAUUAAUUAAAGAAAAUUCCAAAUUAAGUGUGAAUCGAAAAAUCAGAUCCUGGCAGACACUAAACAUUAUACUUAUGAUUAAUUUAAGAGAUGUGUACAUACAUGUAUGUACUCUACAUUUUAGUCUGUCCUAAAUAUGUUUUUUGAUUCAUUAUGUGAUAUAUUAAACAUUAUCAGUUGUGGUUGUACAA